UCUCAACCAAAAUCUUAUUUUCAUGUAUAAAUAUACAAAAAAAAUAUAUAUAUAUAUAUAUCAAAGUCAUUAUUCAUAAUUUCGAGUUUUUAAAAAUUACUACACUCUCAAACAUCUUAUUAUUAUUUCUAUUCCUAUUCCUGCUUUAGCAAUUUCGUUUUCACGAUGACAAUAACUAAUUUGAACGCCCCGUCACCGGAGGAGAUUGUCGUCCCAUCGGCACCAGCAUCAUCACCGGCACCAACCCCGACACCGGCACCGGUACCAACUCCGGCACCGUCAUCGGAAAAAACUCCGGCAUGGUCACCGGAACAAACUCCAGCACGGCCACCGGAAAAAACUCCGGCACCGGCACUAACUCCGGGACUGGGACCAACUCCGGCACCGGUAUCAACAUUGGUUGAACAAAAGAACAAUCCAAUGAACAAGUCAUGCGGACAGAUAAUCAAUUGUAAAGAAGCGAAAAAUCAAGUGUUGUUCUCCGUUCCGAUGAUCGUAGUGAACGGUUGUUUCUACUUCAUCAGCCUCGUCUCCGUCAUGUUUGCCGGACACCUCGGGAAACUCGAGCUGGCUUCCUCGAAUCUCGCUAAUUCAUGGGCCAUGGUUACUGGUUUCUCUUUCAUGGUCGGGCUAAGUGGUGCACUUGAGACAUUAUGUGGUCAAGGAUACGGCGCGAAAAUGUUCAGGAUGUUAGGGAUACAUCUUCAAACAUCGAGCAUCAUAUCGUUCUUCUUUUCUAUCGUUGUUUCUGUCAUUUGGUGGUAUUCGGAUCGAAUUCUGAUUUUACUUCAUCAAGAACCUGCAAUAGCACAUGAAGCAGGGGUGUUCUUGAAGUUCCUCAUACCGGGAUUGUUUGCGUAUGCUUUCUUGCAAAACAUUGUGAGGUUUCUUCAAGCUCAAUCGAUCAUCUUACCUUUAGCUUGCAUCGCGGUUGCAGCUCUAGUUCUCCACAUUGGCAUUGCUUAUGCUCUGGUUCAUUGGACACAUCUUGGUUUCAAAGGAGCAGCAUUAGCUGUUUCGAUUUCAUUUUGGAUCACAUUCAUCGCGUUGAGUCUAUACGUGCUUUUCUCCAAGAAGUUUAGUCAUAUAAGGCCCGAAGGUCUCUCAUCCGAGCCACUUCAACAUCUUCUUUCAAACUUGAAGUUGGCUUUGCCCUCUGCUGGCAUGGUGUGCUUGGAGUACUGGGCGUUUGAGAUUCUUGUGUUGUUAGCUGGUUUGAUGCCAAACGCGGAAACAACUACUUCUGUUGUUGCAAUGUGUGUAAAUACAGAAACCAUAGCCUACAUGAUAUCUUAUGGCCUCAGUGCAGCUGCAAGCACGAGGGUGUCAAACGAGAUAGGAGCAGGAAAUAUCCGCAAAGCUAAACAAGCUAUGGCUGUUACUCUCAAACUAGCUAUUGUUGCUGCACUCAUAGUUGAUUUAGCCCUAGGUUUUGGUCACAAUGCCUGGGCUGGCCUCUUCAGUGAGGAAGCGGAGAUUAUUCGUAAAUUUGCCUCAAUGACACCUCUCCUAUUAGUCUCUUUCUUGUUCGAUUUCAUACAAGGAAUUCUAUCAGGAGUGGCAAGAGGAUGUGGAUGGCAACGUUUCGCAAUGUGCAUCAACUUGGCAAGUUUCUAUUUCGUUGGUAUGACAAUAGGCGCAAUCUUGGCUUUCAAGUUCAAUAAAGGAUAUAAGGGUUUAUGGGUAGGGUUGAUUUGUGGUCUAGCAUGCCAAUCUACUAGCUUGUUGCUAUUGACAUUCUUUAUAAAAUGGGGAAAAGAAGAUCAAGUCUCAAAGCAUACCAACAAUGAAAAUGAAUCCCAACCUUAAAUUAAGCAUAGAGGUUAUCAUGUAAUUUACUUGCAUUGAUCAUUGAUAAUUAAUUAAUUCAUUUGAUUUGUAAUGUUGAGAAAAAUUUUGACGUAUCGACGUAGUUUUUGAAUAAAUUGUGUAUGUAGACAUUAUUUUAUUUGCGCUUAUGAAGGUCUAAAUCUAAAUCUAUAGAUUACGGUCCUUAAGCGUGUUUCUUUUGUUGUGUUUGAAUUUUAAUGAACGACUUUUUGUCAAGAUAACUUUUCAAAAAAAUAAUUUUGUAGAGAAGAUUUUGAGAAGCGAUUUAUUUAGUACCAGUCUUUCUAAAUAAGUGUGGAAAUUA